AUGGCCCACGCGUACUUUGGCGCGACAGACGACAGCGUAGACUCGGGGCUCGGCGCGGACCUCGACGACGGCCAGCCACAGCAGGCGCGCAGCAGCAGCGAGGAGAAGGACAGCCUGACGCCGGCGCAGAGCAGGCGCAAGGCUCAGAACAGGGCAGCCCAGCGCGCCUUCCGCGAGCGCAAGGAGCGCCACGUCAAGGAGCUCGAGACGAAGCUCUCGGCCCUCGAGUCCAGCACCCACUCGCUGCAGUCCGACAACGACCGCCUCAAGGCCGCCCUCGACCGCGCCCGCACCGAGAACGACAUCCUGCGCGCCACCACCCGCCGCUCCCCCUCGGCCUCGCGCCCCCUCUCCGCCACGUACCCCUCGCCGGGCGCCUAUCUGCCCGUCCACGACCAUGGCCACGACGGCGACGACGACGAAGAAACAGCCACGGCCUACCGUGUCGAGUCCCUGACCAACGCCACCGUCGUGAACACGGCCGCGAAGGAGCAUCCACGCACCCGCGCCGGGGCGAAAGAGGUCCCCGCUGCCCAGGCCUGGGACCUCAUCCAGCAACAUCCGCUCGUCAAGCAGGGUCUGGUUGACGUGGCCGACGUGUGCGAGCGCCUGAAAGGCUCCGCCAAGUGUGACGGCCACGGCCCCGUCUUUGAAGAGAGCACCAUCUGGCGAGCAGUCGACGAGUCGCGCCGUUGCGGCGGCGAUGAGCUCAUAUGA